AUGAAGAAGUUUACUUUUUCGAGGCCGGCACGUAAGAAGCCGCAGGAGCCUCAGCCGCCUGCCAUUCCGAGUACGAUGCCUAUGAGCAAGGCUCAUAAAAUCUUGGGCUCGACGCCGCUCAACAUCGACGCUCCUCUUCACGACCCCAAGCUGCCAACCGUGAGUGUUGGCAUGUACGAUAACAAGGCCCUGGAUGAACCGGAUAUGAAUAUGCCUGGCGAAAGACGGAGAAACGAGCGCCAACCGUCCCCUUCCAACAGGAGGUUGAGCGCCCUCACCGACAGCAUCGGAUUCGGGGCGAAGAAUCUCCCUGGCACUCUCAAAAAGGCCCAGUCAUCUUCCACUAUCAAAUCUUGGCAUGACAAGUCGAAGCACUCACGUUCGCUGUCGCGACAAGCCUCGAUCCCGGUCAUGAACAGCAGCCACUCGUCGAACACGCAGGCUGCUCCCGAUGCUGACGAGUCUCCCAAGUCGCGGCGGAAGCCCCCUAAGUUGGACUUUACCUCGAUAGCGCCGCCCAUUCGAGUAACAGAGAUGGGUACUAUCCACAACGGUAUCCCCAGCGCUUCAGUCAAAACCCCGUCGACAACACCAUAUUCUGCUGCAUCCCAUCGGCAGAGCGAUCUCCGCGGCAUGUUCAAACGACGGACAAAGGACAGCUUUCGGUCUUUUAUGACGGAUAGCACGCCACAAAGCGCCGUAGAAGGCCGUCGGAUGACAUCUCAUUCUUCAGAAAACAGGCUUUCUACGUUAUAUAACCACUAUGAACAGAUGACCUUUCGAGAUGCUAUGGAUGAGCCCGAGUUCAUGAGUGGCGCUGCUGAUCAGAAGGAUCCAGCUGGCGGUCAGGGCGAGAAGGAGUGGCGAGAGCCGGCCGCACGCCGCAAUCUCGACUGGCUUCACAAGCCCCUCAAUGAAUCAAAUGAGCCGCAGCCGAUGGCGCACUCGGAGUACUCAUCUUCUCCAGGCGAUGGUGCCAGGAGUGUUUCAAGCAGACACACGCGAACUUCUAGAGCCUCUCGGCAAACCGACAGCGGUAUCAUCCAGGAAGCCGACUUUUACGAUAAAAGUGUUCUGCUUCUGUCUUCCGAUUCUGAACAAGAAGAGGAAAAUGAUGAUGCGAAGGCAUCGACCAGAGACCAUCUGCCUCUUCCCAUGCGACCAUUACCAGAAGCACCGGGCCACGGCCAGACGAGACCGUCACGAGCACGACAGGUAUCGGGGCGUGAGUCAGGCGGACUGCCAGGCAAGAAGACGAGCUUCGCGUCAUCUAACGUUUACAUCGCUACUCCAGGCGCCGAGCGAAAGCGCAUGUCGCCAUCCCCUUCGCGGUUGAACCCGCCCGUGAGGGACGGCUCUCGCGCCUCUUCGCCCAAGCCCUCUGUGGGAUCUACAAACUCUACCGGCUCAGCCAUGACCAGCCAAAAUGGCUAUGGCGCGGAAGACUCGCAUCUUACGACAGUUCUGCCAGCCCGUCGCCCUUCUCAGGCGGAAUUGGAUCGGCAAAAAGCAUUGGCACAGCUGACAAGGGGCUCAGGAUCCUCGUUGCGCCGCGAAUCGGUAGCAACAUCGUCGGGCCAGCCCGACCACGAGCCCGUGCCACCGAGCCCAACCUCAGUCAACCGGUAUUUACGGUCUGCCCGAUCGUCUGUUGACGACUCUGCAAGCCAAGGCUGCGUCAUGACACUUACCCGCCAGGAGGAGAUGCUUAUCUCAGCCCUCCGUAAGAAAACCCAGGCCAUGCGUGAGAAGUCGCAGCGGGCUUCCUCGAGCAACUCACAGUCGGAUGCUGUUCCGACUCGGAGACAUGUUUCGAAUCCGUCCCAAGUACAGGUAGUGACGGAUUCGAUGCUCGACUUUGACUUCCCCGCGCCGCCAACCCAUUCAACGAAAUCGCGGCAAUCUCAAGCGAGCUCGUUCAUGAGCACGCCGAUUACGGAGCACCCUGACGGCGAGGACGACAACUACCGAGCGCCUUCUCGCUUGACUGCGGACACGGGAUCCGAAAGAGCGUCUUUUGUCUCUUCCAUUCGCGGACCAGAGGACUUUGCCGAACCAGAAGACGUCCUUGUAUAUCUCGACCAAGGCAAGCACUCCAGCGGCCAGUGGAGUCAAGUUGGGAGCGACGGCCAACCUGUGGAAGAGGCGGCCUUAUCAUCGGGCUUUCAGUCUGUCCCAUGGGACUACCCAGAGGAGAAGCGGCCAUCUAAGCCCAAGGGAAGAGUAUCAUUGCGGCAUCAAACUCAGGCCGACUGCAUGUCCCCUUCCAAGCUCACCAGGCUCUCCGAGGACGGCAACGAGGACGUGCCGCGACCAGACAGCCCAAUCUCCAACGAGACAUUCCCCCAACCACAGCAGCCGCGCCGUGCUGCGAUGAACACGGCCCGUUUGAGCGCUGUAGGGUUCGUACGGAGGGAUCCCGAGCUGGGAUGGUGGGGAGAUGACGACUGA